AUGGCUUGUGGGGUGGCCUCGGUUACCGUCUUUGGUAACCUGGUCAAGUGGUUUGAACCGAUGCCUUGUGAGGUUCUGUCCAGCAACUUUGUAAAAGCUAAUGAUCCCGACAUACUGUUCAGUUUAUCGCUCGGUUACAAGGCUUCUGUAUCUGCUUCGGUAGCCAUCUGCAGUUUGCAAUGUAUUUGUUUCGAUGUUCCCGAAGCCACCAAAAGAAGCAGUUACGCCAGAUGGGGCCAUGAGGAUAAUAUAGCAAAUCUAGAAGCUGCAGCAAGACAAGUUUUCCAUUACUUCAUUAUCCCAAUGAAUAGGACACCAGAUGCCAACACUAAUAGAGAGCAAAGGAGGGUGGUAGAAACAUGGUAUACACCUUUUUACAUGAAGUAUGCUAAAAAUGGAGAUAUAGUUGAGAGAUCAGUACUGCAACAACAGAUAAGAAAGAGGAUGGAGACGAUUGGUGUAAUCAGUCCCGUGGAUUCUUCUUUUUUCCCAAAAGGUAUUCUUCUCUCUCUACCCCCACACCCUUCUCAGAUUGUUUCCUCUCGUAUUCAUUCUCACUCUAGAAACCCUAGUAGUUCUCCAACUGUUGGUCCAAAAAAACACCCUCCGCUGUCGAGGAAAAAGAGCUCUGUUAAACCCAACGAGCUCCAAGAAGCUCGAGAGUUUCUCAAUCGGAUUUCCCAAAUCCGACCUUCCCCACCCAUUUUUGAUAUCAAUACAGCGUUAGGGAAUCUUGCGAAAGCGGGUCAUUUCGUUGAGGCUCUUUCUCGUUUUGAAAAGUUGCAGUUACUAGGCAUUCGGGUAGAUUUGUACACCUCAAAUAUUGCAAUUAACUGUUACUGUCACGUGAAUCAAGUAGGUUUUGGGUUCUCUCUGUUAGGUGGCAUCUUCAAACGCGGUUAUACACCUGAUGUAGCUACCUUCGCCACCCUGAUAAAGGGACUUAUUAUGCAAAAUAAAACUACUGAAGCGGUUGAUUUAUUCGAGAGAUUAAUGAGAAAGGGAGAUAUUGAGCCCAAUGAGGUUAUGCAUGGAAUGAUUAUUAAUGGGCUUUGCAAAAAGGGAAACACCGGAGCAGCUGUUAGAUUUUUUAGGAGAGCGGAAGAGGAAGGGUUUAAGUCCGACACCAAAGCAUAUACCAUGAUCAUUGACGGUCUGUGCAAGGAUGGGAUGGUAGAUGACGCUAUGAACUUGUUAUUAGAAAUGAAUGGAAAAGCUAUGCGUCCGGAUGUUGUCACUUAUAUGUCCUUGAUUCGUGGCCUCUACAAUUGUGGAAAGUUAAAGGAGGCUCAAGGAAUGGUAAGAGAAAUGUUUGAUAGUGGUGUUUCGCCAGAUGUUCGUACAUUUGGUGUGUUGGUGUGUGCACUUACCAAUCAAGGGAUGGAAAAGGAAGCCGAGGGGCUACUUGAUGUCAUGAGAGAAAGAGGCAUGGAUCCUAAUGUCGUCAUAUACACUAGUCUAAUGCAGAGGUAUUGUUUGCAAGGCCAAAUGGAUGAAGCAAUGAGAAUUUUUGAUACCAUGGUGGAUAGGGGCCUUGAAUUUGACAUCAUCAGUUAUAACAUUUUAAUCAGGGGGUAUUGCAAGAAUAUGAAAAUAGACAGGGCUAUCAAUCUCUUUCGAGAAAUCCCUCAAAGGGGUUUGAAGCCUGACCUUGCAACUUUUACCACUAUCUUCACAGGUAUCUCUCGGGUUGGUAGAUUUACAGUUGGUCGAGAACUUCUCAAUGCGAUGGAACUCGCUGGCCUAACUCCCGACAUUAAAACUUAUGGCAUGUUGUUGAGUGGGCUUUGCAAGACUGGGCAUAUAGAUGAAGCAUUGUCAUUAUUUCACAUGAUUGAAAAUAAAGGUUUAGGUCUCAAUAUUGUCAUUUACAAUAUCAUGAUUGAUGCAUUUUGCAAGAAUAAUAACCUUGAAAGUGCAAGGGAUCUUUUUAUUAAACUUUCUUCCAAGGGGUUACAACCUGAUUUCGUUACAUAUGAUAUCAUGAUACGCGGUCUUUGUAAAGAAGGGUUUUUGGAUGAAGCUAAAGAGUUGUUAGUGAAAAUGGACCAGAAUGGUGUAUUGCCUGAUAGUGGCCCUUACGACGCUAUCAUCCAAGGUUUUGUUGAACAACAGAAGUUCAAUGAGGCUCUGGUACUUUUUGAGGAAAUGGUUGGAAGGGGUAAUUCACCCAAUGCAUCUACUUUUCUCAUGAUUAAGGAUUUAAUCUCAACUCAGGGAUACGAUUGA